AUGAGGCGCGCCGAGGACCUGGAGGGCUUCGACGGGGAAGCGUCGAGCACCUCCAUGAUCUCGGGCGCCAGCAGCCCGUACCAGCCCACCACCGAGCCCGUCAGUCACGGCCACGGGCUGCGCGGCCUCCGCUGCGACCCCGAUUACUUGAGGGGCACCUUCGGAAGGCUCAAGAUCGUCCAGGUGGUGGGUACCGAGCCGCGGGGGGGGGGGUGUCGUUUGCAGUCUGUGGAGGGGGGGCUCGCCUUUCCUUAUCGCUGUUUCUAAUUAUUAUCGUCACGGCGGUUAACGUGUGUGUCCGCGUGUGUACGUACACCCGUACACGCACACACGAGAGUUUUUGGGUUUAAUAUCGCCCUUCUUCUUUUCUGAGCCAUGGCCACAUAGCAUGCUGAUUGCUAUUCCCACCCCCGCCCCCCUCCAGUGGAAAAGGCUUGUUUUUUCAACCCAAAAGAUUCUCUAAGAGAGACUCUCGCGGAUUCCCAUAUUUAGAGAAUGGGCUUGGAGGCUCCAGAUGUGCUGUUACCACUCCAGCCAAAUACCACAGGGUUAGCCUCGAGUGUAAUAGUAGUAGUAGUAGUUACAGAGUGCCAAAUCAGGAUUGAAGCUCCCUGGGUGACCUUGGGGCCAGUCAGCUUGAUCUACCUCCUAAGGUGGUUGUUAAAAUCUUUUUUUUUUUAAGGUGGUGGACACUCUCUGGGUUUCUUAGCUGAACUUGUUAGCCAUAUUUGUUGCUGGAGGAUGGGGGAUAAAAAUAGCUGAAAUGAAUAAUGUAUUAGGCAGAUGCCAACAAAAAAGGAGAGACUAUUGGGGUACCUUAAGGCUGCAAUCUUAUAUCCAGUUUCCCAGGAUUGAACUGCAUUGCACUUAGUGGGAUUUCUGUUUCAACAGGCAGAUUAUAGAUAUAACUUUUUAAAAGAUGUAACAGAUUCAUUGUGGCAGAAGCUUUCAUAGACUAGCGCACACUUUUUUUUUCAGAUGCAUGAUGUGUUAUCCAGUUGGUAGAGAGAUGCAAAUACACACAUACCUGGGGGAGAGGGAGCAUAGACGACCCUGUAAAAGAAUGGAGCAAAAGACCAUGAAAUGCAUAAGGUGCAGUUCAUGUAUUUUAUUUUAGCUAAACUGCUUACAUUCCUCAAGAGCUGGUGUCUCUCUGGCAACUGAGGAUAAUGCUUCUUGCAUCAGAUAAAUGCUAGUUCCCAAAAGCUUCUGUCACAUAAAAUCACUUAGUCUUUAAGGUGCUCCUUAAGGCUUCUUUUGUCAACUGCUACCAGACUUAGAUUUAGAGAAGUAAACCUGUCUGACCCCUUUUGAGAGAAAGGAUGGGUUACAAUUAAAAUAAAUGCAGCAUUCUAUAUUGCCCCAAUCAUCCCUCUUUGAAAAUGUCUGAUUUAAAUGUAAGGCAAAUUUCACAACUAUGUAUUGAUUCUCUCUAGGUAUUUCAUCAGUAAGGUAACACUGGCCUUUCCCUUUCUAUUCUUCUGACUAUUACUUAAGUUUUUUCUUUUUUGGGAAGGAUACACAUUUCCCCAUCUUUUCUGCAAUGGUACCGCCAUUCCUGCCAGAGUUUAUCCUGUUAGGCAAGAAUUUGAAUUAGGGAGGGAAAAGGAGCAAGCAGUUAGAUGAUAGGUGAUGAUUUAUGUAAUAUUUCAAGGUCACCUUUUGUGACUGGAUGAAAAAACAGCAGUUAGAAGUUAGAAGGUCACCUGUUCCAUCUUCUUACCCUUUCCUGUUUUUCUAGGGUGUGUUGGGUGGAUAUAUUUGCACGGUCUGAUUUCUCAUCUUGACCCAAUGGUUCCUGUCAUCUUCUUAGUCUUUUAAGUGUAUCUUGUGACAUGCACCCAGUCUACUUCUGGGAUAGGGAACUUGUGGUCCUCCACAUGUUGUUGGACUGCAAUUCCUGUCAGUGCAACCCAGCAUAGCCAAUGCUUAUAAAUGAUGGGAGUUGUAGUUCAACAAUAUCUGGAAGGUCAGAGUUUUCUCAUCACUAAUCUACUUAGUAGUCUUUUUAUCUAUAAAGACUUGUGCCACAAUAUGUCUUACGUAUGCUUACUCAGAAUUAAGUACCAGUUCAGUAAAACUCUCAUGUAAGUUGCACAGAACUGCACCGUUAAAAUACUUUUAUCUUCAUGUUUUUGUGGCCCUUUGAUUUGGAGGAGUUAGAAGUACCAGGGAAAUUUCAUUUAUGGCUACAGCUGUUGGGGGGUAUUUAAUUUGACUUCCAUCUACAAACAUUUUGCAAACACCUGUAGAAUAUUUCUUUGCUUAAAAUUCUGCCUUUAAAUACCAUUGCCAGAUACUGGUCAGGUGAUUCAUAUGUAGGUGUUCAAAAGAAGCUUGUAAUCUAAAGGGGAAAAGGGUAGUGCCUUCUACAUACUAAAUAUGUUCUUGAGAAACUAUAUUUUUAAAAAGCACAAGCUGACAUAUUGUAGGCUCUUUGUGAUAAAAAAGCCUCAAUAUCCUUGUUCUGAUAGAUCAUAGCAUUGAUAAGAUCGGCUGAUUUAGCAAGGGUUGAAAUCAAGGUUGCCAACUUGUACUUUCCUGUUAUCAGACAAUUGUUGAUCUAUCUGCACGAUCACAAGCCGUGUGGAUCAAGUGCAGUGUGACUUCAAAAUGUUUCUGUGGCUGGAAUCAGUUAUGAUGGCCCCCAUUGUUUUCUGGCAUAAAAGAUGAUAGUAUAAGUUGGGAGUCAAAAAAAUAGUUGUGGUAGAUGAUUAUUAAACGUGAAAAGUACAGACUGUGAUUAAUGUUACAGGUUACGUACAGGACUGUGUUCUCAUGUAUAGACCAAUUGCAUCUUCAUGGGACACCUUGUUAGCUGUGCCAUGAACUGCAAAUUGCCACCUGGCAGAAACAGGCCUUCUCUGUGGUGGUACCUUUCCUCUGGGAUGCUCCCCCCAAAUUAUCUGGGAACAAUGACAGUAGCAUGCUCUGGACAUUUCCUGAAAACACCUAAUCCUAAUCAUUAAGACUGAAUUCUACUGACUUUUUACAAAGUAAUUCUUAUAUUUUAAUUUUUAAAAAUGGUUUUAGUGUAUGCUUUUAUGUUGUGAACUGCUUUGAUUUUUUAAAAUAGUGAUAUAAAAUAUUUAAAAUAAAAUCUUGUGUAUUGAGUCUGCUAUAGUAUUGUUUAUUUUUGUGAACAUUAGCUUCUGCUUUCCUGGCUUGGUGCCAUUUUGUGUUUUGCUGAUUGUAACCUUUUAGUGGCACCUCAGAUUUAUAUCCUAACAUUGUGUCCAUAUUCUAUCUUCCAUGUGUCUCUUGAUGUAAAUGUUGUAAUUGGUAAUUGGCAAAAGGAUAUGUGUGAGAGAGAGGGUAUUUAGACUGGCUUAGUGUUGCUUGUCUUUGUGUGCUUUGCUUAGGUGCCACUGUUCUUAUCGGUGUGUUUAAACAAUGUGCUGCUGGAAUACAGGCUAAUUUUUAAAUUACAUUUCAAGCUCAGAAGUACAGAUCAAAGGAGCACAAAAAAAAAUAUGUUCUGACAGUAAACUAUAGUUUUGUGUUGCAUGCAUAAUCAUCCAGGAACUUUGGGUCUGUGUACUUCCUUUUCCCAUUGCACACCAUACCAUGAUGAUUUUACGAGUUAUGGCUCGUAAGCAAACUCCAGCUAAUAUUGGACUGGAAUAGCUUGACCACAGUGAUUAAUGUAUUGGUAACCUCAAGACUUGAUUACUGCAAUGCACUAUUUAUGCAGCUACCCUUGGGCCUGGUCCAGAGGUUUCAGCUGGUACAAAAACUGCAGUUAGGCUGUUUAUAGGGGCAGAUAAUGUAGAAACUGCCCCUAUAAAUUUGCAUAUUUUAAUACUCAGAAUUCUUAUUCCAGUUGUGGGGCUUGAACUGUGUUUAGUUUUAGCAAGAGACAUAAAAACAUUCUGGAUGGUCACUGGAAUGUAUCCUGAAUAGGAAGGUCACUUAGGACACUGUUCAUGUUUGAAGGAACCAUAUCAUUAUCCACACCCAUAUAAUUUAUUUGUAUCUGUAUUCCUAGAAUAGUGUAGGGUCUGAUAAUGGGAGACUCUAGUUGUGUGAAUUUUUCUUUACUGUAAAAAAAAAAAAAGCAUUUUGCAUAAAUUUCAUUGGAGUGGUAUUUAAAUACAUGUGUGAUCCAGAUAAUUUUACUCCUUGUUUAAAUACGGGAUGGAAAGACACAGUCUCUUAGUGCCACCCUUCAGACAUUUAUAUAAGGCUUUAUAGGUCAAAUCAGCACUUUGAAUUGGGCUCAGAAACAAAUUUGCAGCAAGUGUAGUUGAGCUAGAAUUGGUGUUUAUGUGCUCAGACAGCAUGGUCCCAGUUAAUAAACUGGCUGCCAAAUUUGGUAUGAGCUGCAGUUUUUGAACUGUUUUCAAAGGCAGUGAAACAAAUGUCUUAACAACUUAUUUAAACUCAUACCAGCAGCAGAGAGUUCACAAACAAAAGGUGAGAUUAAUACAGAUUGGGAUUGCUGAAACUAUUGUGUCAGCAUGCCACAAAAAUACAUGUUUUUGAAUGGGUACUGAUGGAGAUGUCAUUCAGAGUUUACUGUGACCAUGGAGUGCAGUUAUCUGAGGAGAAUUUUUAGUAUUUCCAUUUUUAAAAAUAACGUAUUUUUUGCACCAUAACACUCACUUUUUUCCUCCUAGAAAGUAAGGGGAAAUGUCUGUGCGUGUUAUGGAGGAAAUGCCUACGGGUGGCAUGCCUACGGAUUUUCCUCCCCUAAAAACUACGUGCGUGUUAUGGUCAGGUGCGUGUUAUAGAGCGAAAAAUACGGUAAGUUUAUAGUCCAUAUAUUUAAGGAGCAAAACAUGAAAACUUGGCAGUCAGAAGCAUUAAUCAAUGAAAAUUUCAGGGCAUGUGUAAUGGAAGGAGUAGCUGUGUGGCUUCCUUUUAACCAUAAAAGACCAGAAAGGUUUCAGUGGCAAUUCAGAACUUGGUUAAUUCUGUAACGCUUAACUUGCCUUUCUACAUAAUAUGCCUCUUCAUACCAAAUAUUCAUUUAUAUCAGGGAGCAGAGCAGACAUAAACACAUAAGCAUACAGAUACCCACAGGAAAAAUCAUGGCCACCUUGCUCCUCCCCUGGUUCUGCUGCUGCUAUGUUAUUGUCAGCUUCAUGUUUGGCUUAUCAGCCCUAUAUCAGGAAGUUUUUAAUGUUUGAUAUUUUACUAUGUUUUAUAUGUGUCCUAAGCUGCCCAGAGUGGCUGGGGAAACCCAGCCAAAUGGGCAGGGUAUAAAUAAUAAUAAUAAUAAUAAUAAUAAUUCUGUCAGAACCCAGGGUCAUGAUUUGUCUUGAUCCAGAAAAAGCAAGUUUUGUUCUUGACUUACCAUUAAUGGUUUAUCUACAGGAGAUAAACUACAAGCUGGUGUUGGGAUGUAAUGAUAGCUCUGGGAAGUGCAGCAGUUGUGGGACAAGGUGAAGAGUGAAGCAUUGCAGUUUUCUCUAUGAGUUCCUGCAUGCUCACACAAUGAUAACUUAGCCAUGGUUUGGCUUAAUGUUGUGUGCAAACUAGGACAGUUAGAUAAUGUUAUUUUUCAUACCAAGUUGGUGGUUGAAAGUAGAAAUGAUCUUUGUGAAUAUUCCAUCAGAUAGGGGUUUCCAGGGCUCAGUUUAGAAUCAUUCCUCAUGUAAUAGCUUUCUGUCAGUGUCUCACUGACUGUUCAUAUGACCCAUUUCCUUGAGUUCAACAUUUUUCCAUGAAUCCAACUCCUGUUUUUCUUAUCCCUUCACAACACAGACAGAUGUGCAUUGUGCACAUCUUUCCACAUUGUGAAGCCAUGCAAAUUGUGUGAAAUGCGUGACUGUGUAGCUUGCUUUUGGAGCUGUGAAAUGCAAGGUUUGUGAUUGAAGAAUCUGAAAUUACUUUUAGAGCAGAAUGGGACUCUUACUGUGAUCUCCAAAUGUAUCAGAAACAAAUUAUUGGUUGUCAAAAUCAGCAUGCAAGCUGCCUUGUUCUGGUUAAAAUUAAAACUGCAUCUUCUGCUAAAUUGCAGUCUAGUGUCUUAAUCUUGGGCACAACCUGGGUGUUAACUGGGCUUCACUGACACCAUUUGAUUUAAGGUUCCAGGCACAUGAAAUGAUUGAUACUGGAAGUUUAGGAGAUAUUCUAGUUGCAGGGGUUCUCAACAAGUUGUGCAUGCCUUGGUCAUCAGUGUUUUCUGUGUUCUCUAGGAUUCAUUUGGACUUGUUUUGGGUGGCUAAAGAAAUAACAAGUGGAAAUUUGCAUCUUUCAUAUCUUCAUUUUGUUAGAAAUUUGUGAUCUUUUUGGAAAAGAUCUGCUAGAGGCCUCCUUAGCCCAUGAAAAAAAUAUGAUAUAGCUAGUACUAUUACAGCUUUGGAGGCCUCCUGACAUGUUAUUGGCAGAUGGAUUAAACAUUAUGGCGGGAAGCUUCAAAACUGUAGGGAAUAUGAAAUAAAUAUAUAUAUUUUAAAAAACCAGACAGCGGAAGGGUGUACUUUUGGGACAUAAUUUGAAACACAUUUGUGUGGCUUUGUUUCAGCCAAGGGUAGAAGGUAGUUUUUCAAAAGUCCUUUGAAAAAGCUGCUGAAGUGUUCUGAGUGUGUCCAAACCACAGUCAAGAGCUAUUAUUUGAGCAGUCCAGGAUUUUAAUGCACUUAUCAAUAUCUCCUGUAGUGCAUUACUUCCCUAAAGCAUGUCAUGUUCUAUAGAUUGUAGCAUUGAGUGCCUGUUUUGAAUUGUUAGCUACAGGUUAUCUGGUAGAAAAUACUGUUGCUGGUAUAUUGAACAUGUUGAAGUAAUUUGCCACAAAGCUUUCUCUUUCUCUGCCCGACUUCUUGCUUUUGUAUGUGUGUGUAGGCCAUGCAGCCAGGCAUUUUGGCUGGCAAGGUAUUUUCGUUGUGCAAAGUUAAUGACAAUCUCUAAACCUCAAAUAGGUGGAGUCCUCUCAGCCUCUUAUUGAUUUGAUUUUAAAGUUUUCAUUCCACAAGCCUAGACUCUGUGUUUCUUAAAGGGAACUCUUGCUCCUUGAAACUAGGGAAAGGGACAUAGUGUACAAUUAUGACUGUGGUCUUUGGAUUUAUUUAUUUAUGGCUCAACAUUGCAGUAAGCAAUGGGUUAAAGAGGAUGUUUAGAUGUUGCUGGCACAGAACCACUUCUGGUUGAGUUCUUAGUUUGACCUGAGAUCUGUGCAAUUGAGUCAAAUAGUAUUUGUCAUGCUCUAAUGAGUGAGACAUUUGGGAAAGGAAUGGGUGAGAGUCAAGAAAGAAUAGAAGUAGUUUCAAUAUGCUUUCUCUGCAUUCUGAGUUUGUGUUUUAGGAAAAUACUGAUGAGCCUAUGACCCACCAGAUACUACUAGAGUACAGUUCCCACCACAAGUUACCAUUAACUAUGAUGGCUGGGAAUACUGAGGUGUAUAGGAAUUGGAGUCUGACAAUAUCUGGAGGGCUACAGUUUCCCUUUCCUGCUUUGGAAUGUCUGCAUCUAAAGUUCUUAAGGAGAUAUCUUCAUAUGGCUGAAAUCCACAAGAUCUUAGGCUGCUUUCCGCAUCCCAGCAACCUCUUUGGAGUCCUGAUGUUGCAUCUUCAUCCCAAGCACUUAACUUCCACUAUUUCACUCAAUUUCCACAAACAGCAGCUUCUUCACUUGGUUUCUAUUCAUUCUAUUCCCAUGAUUCCUAUUCAUUCUAUUACAGAUAAAAAGUUAGUGGAAGGUAACACCAAAACAAAUGGAAUAUAAUAUGAAAGAGAAAAAGGUUUAAGCAUCUAUUCAGAUAAUCUAAACAAAGUCUACUUUAUUUAACUUCUUUCAUGUAGCCCUAGUGCAGGUCCUUCUAUUAUUUUGCUAUCCCUUAAUACUUAGCCAUACUUUUGCCAUACUUAGGGAUUUUUGUAGCCUAUUUAAUUGUCCUUUAAUUGUUUUUUGACCUGUGCUUAAAUGAGACUGUGCAGUCAGCAGUUGAACUGAGCUUUAUGUGGCUAUUUGUUGCUUUAGCUUUUGAGACUUGAUGCUUCUGUGGAUUGGUAACUAUGCAAUUAAGUACCUGAAUCUUCAAAUUAUAGCAUAUUAUCCUGUAGUGCCUCUUGGACAUGUUUACAACUUACUAGAAUUAAUUACUUUGAGAACCUUCAGGAAGAAAAAGUGUUGUCCUUUUGAUCUCAAUUAACUACAACAUAGGAUUGAGUGUAUAUGCUACAAAAAUGAAAGAGUAUUUUGCUAUAAUAAAAGCAGCAAAGGUCCUGAAAGAUAUAGGAUAUAAUGCUAAGGAUUUGGGCUUCACAGAGAAGAUCUGAGUGAAGGAUAUGAACUAAAUACUUUUCACAUAUAUUCUUUUUUUUGUUAUAGAGUGGUGUAGGAAACAUUAGACCCUGGUGGGUGAAUGUUGUCCUCCAAGCAUCUCUAUCUGGCUUUUGGAAUUUUCCCUAAUAAUAAUAAAUUUGUACCCCGCCCUCCCUGGCCCUAGGCCACACCCUUCACUUGGCCCUCUUCAUGGCUUCUUGAGAGCUUUUGCAGUUCUGGAAUGUGUCCUUGAACUUGAACAACUCAUGCUUGCAGGGAGGGAGGAUAGAGGGUGUGUGUGUAGGAACUAUUCUACUACAAAGGUAACAUUUACAUUCAUUGUUUCACCUAAUUUACCUUCUGGUCCCAUCUAGAAGUGGUAUGUAGCCCCCCAAAAGGUUACACAGAGGGAAUACAACCCUCAAACUGACCCCCCCCACACUUCUGAAAAUGACUCUUGGAUACAGUUGCAGAAUCAGGCAUUUUAUCUUUCUGUAGCUUUCUGGUGGAGAAUAUUUUAAGCUAGAUCUUAGCCUUAGCUUGAUAGUGUAUUUGCUGGAGCUCAGUUGUCAAACAUGGAAAAAACAGUCACUCCUAGUAAAAUGAUUAGCUGUGUAGAUAAGCUCUCCAAAUUCAACCUUGAAAAAAAAAUCCCUUGCCUUGUCACCUCUAAUUGUGUUUUACUUGCCACGGUCAACCAGGCAGACAACUUUUUACAAGGCUUCCUUCAGUUUGAAAUUUAAAGAUACAAUAGCUUUCUAGCUAAGAGAGAAAAUAAGGUGGUUUUUUUUUUUGUUAUUCCUGACUCAUAAAUGAUCAUGUUUGGUCAUCCCCUACAGCAGCGGUCUUCACACUUGAGACCCACUGUAGACCCCCAGCCAGGUACUUGGGAUCCCCUGCAUUUUCACUUUUGAUAUUUUAGUGAAUAGUGCUAAUGUCUCACCAUAUAUUGCUCAUUGAGGUGUUGGUAUACUACUAUUUUUUUCAGUACAAGUGAACCAAUAUUUCAUGUAUUGUUGGUCAAACUUUUGAGCACUUUUAGUUGUUAAUUUUUCUCUUAUUUUGUGCACUUUCUUCCUUUUAUCACCUUCUCUGCCACUUUAAUUCACUUCUCUGUAUACCUGACCCCUGCUAAUCUCAGCUUUUCUAAAAUCAAAAUGAACAGGGAAAGAGUCGUCACCCACAUAACCUAAUAUAGGCAGAAGCUGUUUCUUGUUGCCCCAUUUUUGGAUUAUUAAGUUUGAAGAAACUCCUCAUAUUCUGCUAUGCUGAAGUAACAUAUAGUUGUAGUUCAAAAGCAAGAAGUGUUUCCUUUAGUCUGAAAAGACUUGCCAUUUUACAAUUUGUUUUAAAAAGCAACUAAAUCAAACUACUUUUCAUUCUAAAAUAUUGCAUUGAAAUAUUAAAGUUGGAAUCCUGUGCAUACUUACUUAAGCGUUAAGCCCCAUUCAUGGUUGAACUCAUGGAAACUUACUCCCAAAGAAGAAUGCAAAGGAUCAGGCUAUACUGUUGACAGUCUUAUCAGGCACAUUUAACUGAAAGUAAAGCCCCAUAACUGAUGAUGGUUUACUUAUUAUACCACACCCAUCUGAUUGGGUUGCCCAAGCCAUUCUGGGUGGCUUCCAACAAAAAUAGAGGAGGGGAAAGCAUAAAAGCUUCCCAAAACAGGGCUGCCUUCAGAUGUCUACAGAAAGUUACAUAGUUGUUUAACUCUUUGAUAUCUGCUGUGAGGGCAUUCCAAAACUACUGGGUGCAACUACAGUCAUACCUUAGUUUUCAAACAGCCUGGUUCUCGAACGUUUUGGCUCCAGAACGAUCGAAACCCAGAAGGACCUCAGAGAUGUAUCUCAGUUCAUCUUGAGGCUGAAUCAUUUGGAAUCUGGACCAUCAGUUGUUUUUUUUGUGUGUGUGUGUUUGUAGGUGUUUAUCUCUUAAGAGAUAACACACUGUCCCAAAAAUUUUUUUGUUUUAUUUUUAGACUUGUUGUUUCUAGUUCACUUAUUUGUAAACAAAUGUUCCUGGAGCAUGUAUGGAGUCGCAUCUUGAUCAGUUAUUUUUUCAAAUUAAAUUUAUUUAAAACAGUAAUUCUGGUAUUUACUUAAGCUCAGUAUUUAAUGAGUGCAAAAACUGAUCGUUGAAGUUUUGUGCACUGUAUUUCAUUCAAAGUGCUGGUGCAGUCAUUAAAUAUGCAAAGACAGCAUUGAGUUUUAGAAAUGGCUCCUCAUUGUUUUAGGGACUUCCUGGCCCUGAUCCACACCUAUACCUAUAAUUAGAAAGCAAUGUUUGACUUUGUAUUAGAUACAAAAAUUGUAAUUGAAACAUGAUAUCCACUUGAUAUUUGUGCCUUUCCACAAGGUUUAACAGGAGAAACCAAAACCUCUAGUAAGCCUGAUAAUUUCUGUUUUACCUUUUGGCCAAAUUAUUAUUAUUUAUUUAUUUCGCAUAGUGCUUUCAAUGGAGUUUGGGGCUGGCACAGGAAAUGGCAGGGCAAGCUUGAAACUUUUGGUAUAACUAAGAGUGCUCUUAGUAUUGUGGCCAGUAUUUUUUAUCUUUUUUACUUUUGUCGUAAGAUUCUGUUUUUCUGGUAUGUUUAGACCAUUUUGCCUUUUAAGGCAUGGCAUCUGAGGGGGCCAUCAGAUUACAACUCUGGAUUCUUAGGAUUGUGAAUACUUUUAUCUGAGCUGUUAAAAUUCUUGUAUAAUGGGGUCCUUUCAGGUCACACUAUGCUCCUGAUUAUUUUCUCAUUAAAAUACUUUACCUUCUCUGGCAAUGUAAUUUGAAUGCUUGUUAUUUACUUAAGAAAAAUCUUAAAAUAAGACUCCUGUGUAAAGUUGAGUUCUUAAUCUAAGGAUAUAGCUGAGUUUCUUCUUUAGUCUAUGUGACUUCAUUCUGAUGUAACAAUAAACUAUGGCUUAUCAUUAAAGGAACUAGCCACAGUGAACUUUGGACUAGGACUUGCCAAUCAGAAGGUCAGUGGUUCGAAUCCCCGUGACGGGGUGAGCUCCCAUUGCUCGGUCCCUGCUCCUGCCAACCUAGCAGUUUGAAAGCACCUCAAAGUGCAAGUAGAUAAAUAGGUACCGCUCCGGCGGGAAGGUAAACGCCGUUUCCGUGCGCUGCUCUGGUUCUCCAGAAGCGGCUUAGUCCUGCUGGCCACAUGACUCGGAAGCUGUACGCCGGCUCCCUCGGCCAAUAAAGCGAGAUGAGCACCGCAACCCCAGAGUUGGUCACGACCGGACCUAAUGGUCAGGGUUACCUUUAUACUUUUUUCAAAGGAUGGUAGAUCAAGUAUGACAACUUACAAUUGAGCUAUUAAGAAAUCUUAACUUAAAAGUCACAAGAGUGAAGAAGCAUAUUCGACAGAAUAAAGCAACAACAAUUCCCAUGUAACUAAUUUAGUUCCUGCCUCCCCACUAUCAAACAGCAGCCAUGCAUGACAGUGUUUGAUGUGGCAGGCAGCCCUUUGGAAUGUUUUGGGCUUUGUUUUGCUUGCCUCACUAAAGAUAUUUAACAUUUUUUCUUUGGCUGGUACAAUUUCACAUGUUGCAAUUGCAUCACAAAACAGUUGUGAGGCUUCCACUGAAAGUAAGCAGGACUGUGCCAUGUUUUUUGUUGUAAAAAGGAAUUCUCUGUAACACAUGUAGGUGCUUUUGGUCAGGGGUGUGGAAUCUGUUGAUGUAUUACAGGAACUAAUUGGAUUGACUCAUUUUCUUGCAUUCCUGUGUACAUGACAGAGGACUCCACGGGUAGAAUAAAAAAGUGCACCUAUGGACAUGUGCAAAUCCAGCCCUAGUGAUGCCAGGUGGAAAAUUAAUCAUAUUUUUUCUGUGAUGAAAGAUAGUUUCCUCUUGGAGAGGCAGGGAUGCACUGAAGCCAUAUUACUGAAAUAUUUGUAUUUAUGCCAGCUGUGUUAGAUGUGAGAAAUGCACCCGCUUUACAAGGAAUGAGACCUACUUAGAUUUAGACUGUUGAAUUGGCCAAGUUAAAUGAAAGCAAUAAAUCUAAAUUUGAAUGUGUGAGGUUUUCAAAAAUGUCUUUGGGUGUAUUUUGAGGAGGUGUAAAAGCAUUUUACCUAUAUCUAUGCUGUAUAUGACUACUUAUACUGUACCACUAGUUUAAGUAAUAAAUCCUAGUAGUGUAAUAUUCUUACAAAAAUAUUGUGGGUAUUCUUAAGCAGGAAAAAUGUUCACUAUUCAGUGGUUUUUGUGAAAUCAUAAGUAAUUAUGUGAUUGAACCACACAAUAAGUCUUUUUGUGGGCCUCUUCAGAUAAACAGGAAAGCUAUUUUCUUUCUUUUAAAAAUCUUGAGGGAACUAUUUUUAGUGCUUAUGUUGCUUGAUUUAUCAAAAAAUAAAACACAGCAAAUUUGAUAUUUAAUAGAGAAAAUGUAGUGGUAGCAAUUUUCUUCCUUAUGAAGUCUUCUGUUGAGGUUGAAUACAUAUUGCAAUGCAUUCUCUUCAUUUUUCUUGAAUGCUGACAGUCAUAAUUAGUAUAGACAAUUUGCCAAGAAGAUCUUGUGCAGCAACAAUUCAUUUCCAGUCUGUUCCUUUUCAUGUUUGCUGGGAAAAAACCUAUUGAACUGAAUGAGUGUGCAUAGGAUUGAAGCUUUCAUUAGUUGAUUUCCCUUUUUCAAAUAAGAAGAUUACAUUAUCAUUUUAAAUGCAGAAACUUGUUCUGCAACAUUGUUUUGCAGUAUGACAAAAUAUUAGGGCAAACUAUUUUGGCUGCAGUACUGUGAAGGGAUUUGGAGAAAUGCAGGGGUGGUGUUUUGCAACUUAUACUACAUCCAUGUUUCAGGAGCAUAUAUUGGCAAUAACAUGAUGCAAAUUUCUCAGCUUUACUAUGUUCAUGUGAACCUGAACUGCAAGAUCUGGCGAUCAUUUCUACUAUGGUCAGAAUAAGCAAAAACAUUGUGCUUGCUAUCUUGAAAGAAAUAAUUCUGCAUUAUCUUCCCUCUCUCUCCUUUAAUAUGUGCAGGUGCUCUGCCCUGGGUCUGGUUUCUUUGGGGUAGAAUUUAGUGGUGUAGAUUAAGAUGGGAUGCUCUUCCACAAUCUUGUAUUUGGCAUAUCACUUAUGUAGGAGAAAGUCCUGGGAUCGCUUGCUUAUUUAUUUGCAGCAUUUGUGCUCCACUCAUUAGCCAAAAAGGGCUCCCAGAGUGGCUUACUUACAAUCUAUUAAAACAAAGCAGUCCCUGCCCACAAGCUUGCAAUCUAAAACCACUACACACAAGGGAAAAAGAAGAAAACAAACUCAGGAAUCGUUCCUUAAAUAGUAGCUCUUAUAAUGACCAACUGGGAAGAAAGAUUUCAGGGAUAGGAGGUGCCUGAUGGAGCUGGUCUUUUGGCAAAGCUGGUGGAAUAAGUACUGCCCUCCCCCCCCCUCAAGGCAGCCUGAUGGAAUGAGAUUGAAGGAUGGAGUAGGACCCAAACCUACAGGUUCAAAUAACCAGAAAAGGGAAUUUCAGCCAAAAAUUAUGGAGAAAUUCCUAGUGGUAACAAGAACCUUCACAGUAGAACAGAUGGAAGGUGGGAGAAUUUGCUUCAUUUGAGAUGUUUAAGCAGUGCUGGAUGACUGCCUAUAGCAAUGGACUUCCUGCAUUGGUUGGGCUAGAAGACCUCUGUUGUCCCUUCCAGCCCUGUGAUUCUGUAAAAAGGCAAAAAUACAGACAAAACCAGGGCAAUGAUUUAUCAGGUGACAGAAAAGUGAGACUGUUACUGGGAAAUAGGGGGCAAUGACAGAGAUGUGUUCAUCUAUCUUAUAGCAUGCUGGGACACUCCCAAACUCCAAGUCCAAACUCCAGUAAGGAGCAUGUUGUUUACUCAUGCAUGCAGAUCCGACUAGCUGAACACAAUGCAUUCCCAGAAAAUCAUUUGUCAGCUGAUGGUUUCCAUUAUUUUCUAUGGGAACAUUUCUAAUCUGUGAUGUGGCCAACCUCCCUCCCUCCCUCCAUGGUUUUCUAUUGAAAUGGCUGCCGCCGACCAGCAAAACAAGAAUAAGUAAGGAAGUGGCUGUUCAGAUAUCUGAAGCAGUGUCGUGAGGUUUGGGUAUAAUUAUUUGCAUUCAGAUAACUGAAAUUUCGGAUAACAGGACCUGCAUGUACAUUACUCAAAGAUUUGCAACUGAACUCAUGAACUGUAUUGAUUGAAAAGGAACAUUGAUUUUCAGGUGUCAGGAGACAUGAACAUGUGAGAAAUGCAAGUGAGGAAACUUAAUGCUGGAAAUUCAGGUGUGCACAUUUAGAGCAACCUUUGUCGGUCCAAUAGAAACCCCCAUCUUUUCCCACUGGUAUGCAAAGAAGAUAUUUGAGGAUCUUAUGUUGUCAGAAUCCCACUCCUUUCCUUACUAUACCUCUGAUUCUAGUCUCUCUCUUGCUCUGGCAACAUGGCAGCAAAAUAUGAAAAGAGCAGAUGACCUCACUGAGCCAAAUUCUGGUUAAAUGGGAAUGAGGGAGAGGGGGACAUUUUCAGGCCUACUGCUAGUGGAGUUAACAGAGGACACAUCCCUCAUUUAGAUAUCCUGGGCCCGAACCACUAGUACUGUUGGUUCAAGUACACUCUGAAACACCGAGUCAUGGAAUCUUUUAGAAGCAAAGGCCUAUAGCAGGGAUAGGAAACUAGUGGUCUCCUAGAUACUACUAGACUACAGCUCCCACCAUCUCUGACCAUGGGCCAUGCUGGCCAAGUCUGGGUCGAAAAACACCUCAUGACCUAGAAAGUAGAAGAAGGGCCAAGCAUAGAAUACAUCCCUGUUUCCUGCUAACUGCCCCUUGAGUGAGUUCCUGAGGUUUAGCAACCACACCUUGUUGGCAAGAUGUAUCCUUUUACACUGUUACCUCCACUCCUUGCCUCUGGGCCAUCCCAGUAGGACUUAAAUAAUUGUCACACGUGUUGAAAUUAAGGACCCCUGCAUUUGAUGUGAUCUGGUGGAACUCAAAACAAAUCUUACUUCUAUAGCUCUGAUGAGCGGGGGAAAGGAGUGAAAUCUAAAUUAACGUCUGUAACAUUUUGACUACUGACCUCAGUGCAAUACUAGUUAUAGUAUUAUUUGUUAUCUCUUUCAAUUACAUUCAACUUCUCUUGGGUAAAGUCAGGUAAGAUCACUUUCGUAUUCAUAUCAACCAGGGGAGAGAUUGUUAUACCUCUGCCCCCUUUUAAGAAUAAGAAAAUGAGAAUAAGAGACACAGUGCAUUCUUUAGCUCUUAUCUCCUUGCAUAUCAUUUUAGCCUCCCAAAUAUAUACCUGAAUUCUUUAGUUUCUUCCUAGUCUUGUUUGUGUAUAGUUUUGCUGAAUUGAAAAAGGCCUUCAUAGUACUACUCAGUAAAGUUUAGUUGCUAACUAUUCUGAACCCCUAAAUGCCUUUAAAAGCCAGAAUGAAAAGCAUAUUCUUUAUAGUAGGAGAAAUGGACCAGUACCAAUACUACUUUGAUCAAUUUACAGCCUAAGCUAGGGAUGGGGAACUUGUGGUCCUCCAGAUGAUGAUGGUAAACUCCAACUACUAUCAUGUCUGGUCAUUGGCCUAGUUGAUUGGGACUGAUGGUGGAGUCCCCACAACAUAUGGAUGGCCACAGGAUCACUAAACCGGGCCUUAUCAUACGCAUGUUUACUUGAAAGCAAGACCCACUGAGUUCUGUAGGACUUUCAAGUAAGUGUGCACAGAAUUGCUAUUUUAGUACUAAAAUAUGCUUUGGUAUAUGAGUGAGACAAGCAUCUUGUGUUGAUUUCUUCUUUUAAACUGUGAAUCUUACUGAAGUUUCAUUGCACAUUCUUGAGUAUCAAAUUCCCAAUGAACAUUUCAGGAUAAUUUGUGGCCGUCUUCAGAAUGUUACAGAACUAUUUAUAUUUUACCACUUUUUCUCCCCGUAGGUUUUGGCAUUGAUUUCCUUCAUCUGCAUAGAAACCAUCAUGGUAUGCUCCCCUUGCGAAGGCCUUUAUUUCUUUGAAUUUGUCAGCUGUAGUGCAUCGGUAGUUACUGGAGUUUUGUUGCUUAUGUUCAGUCUAAAUCUCCAUGCAAGAAUACCACAGAUCAACUGGAACAUUACAGUAAGUUUUCAUCCAAACCUUCACUUUAUAAAAAUAGCUGAAUAAACAUUUGAAGUUUAGACUUCAAGCACUGCCUGCCUUGUACAGAAACUUGAAACCAUUGGUAAAUGUUAUUUGCAGCAAGUAGAGUUCAUGUGCUGCUUUAUAUUCAAAGUGAACCCCACUGGUGCAAUAAGGAUUAUGAAAUAUUGGAUGAUAAAGUAUAUAAAGCUGAAAUUGUGUGUAAAAUCAUACCCCUCCCCUGCAUAAUGCAGACUUUCCUUCAAUGCUAGUCAUUAUUGUUCACAACUGAGGAAAGUAUAGCCUGCAGAUUUUGUUUAAUACUGUACUUUAUAUUUACAAAUGGUUAAAAAAUUAAAUAUGAAAUAAGUGCAUACUACAAGGUAGAGUCAAUCUGGAAAUCUGUGGGCCAUCAAUCCCUCUUCUAAAAACAGUCAUAUUUUGGGAUUAACCUGCUUUUCUGAGUUUGGAAGUUGGAAGUGUGUGCUUUAUGCAUUUAUCUUCUUUCUCACAUUCUUUUAGGAAUAGGGUUGCCACUGUUUUCACAAGUCCUGCUCUUGUACUCUUUUGAAGACAGACAUUUGGCUGGGGAUAUUUUUUUUCCUGAUAAGGAGAUUAGUAGUAGGAAAAGUUUCUCCUGCUACAUGCCUGCAUAUCAGACACAGGAGCAGGGCCAGAAUGUGGAAAGCAACUGAUAGGGGCCACAGAUUUCACUGGUUUCCUUUUGGCAUAAAUUUCACAUAAUUGUUGCACACAGUCUUAGAAUUCAUUAGAAUCCCUAUAAGGCAAAUCCAAAAAGUCACCUUACACUCUUCUGAUAUCUCAAUGGGUUUUGUUGGUCCUUUGCAGUUUCUGUAACUUUUGGUUAGUUUCCUCUUGACCCUACCUUUAUAUCCUUUCUUCCUUCCAAAUGAGCCUAGGGUGGCAAACAACAAAUGCUAAAACAAUAUACAAUAUACAUAAUUGACUGGGAAAGAUCUCAAUUUAAAAGGCAUGCUGAGAGAAGGUCUUCAAUAGGUACCAAUAAGACAACAGAGAUAGCACCUGUCUAAUAUUCAAGGGAAGGAAAUUCCAAAGGGUGGGUGACACAACACCAAAGGCUCAAUUCCUAUAUUUUGUAGAACAGACCUCCUGAUAAGAUGGUAUCUGCAGGAAGCCCUCAUUGCAGAGCACAGUGAUCAGUUGAGCAUACAGUGGUGCCUUGCAAGACGAAAUUAAUCCGUUCCGCGAGUCUCUUCUUCUAGCAACCCUAUUAGCGGCUUAGCGGAUUAGCGCUAUUAGCGGUUUAGCGGCUAUUAAAGGCUAUUAGCGGCUUAGCGGCUUAGAAAAAGGGGGGGAAGCGGAAAAAAAUCUCAAGACUCGCAAGACAUUUUCGUCUUGCGAAGCAAGCCCAUAGGGAAAUUCGUCCUGCGAAGCGCAUCGAAAAACGGAAAACCCUUUCGUCUAGCGGGUUUUCCGUCUUGCGAGGCAUUCGUCUUGCGGGGCACCACUGUAUAAGGACUGGUAUUAUGUUUCAUGUAUCUUUGCCCCAAGCUGUAUACAGCCUUGUACACCAAAACCAGUACAUUGAAUUUGGCCCGACAGCCAGAGCAAUUCUUUCAACAGAUACAUUCAGUAGCUUAUUAUUUUACUUCACUUGUCCUCCCAUCCUUUCUGUGGGUAUGCAUGAGAGACUGGCAGGUUGGAAUACUGGUUCCUUGAUCUCUUGGAUUCUGGUAGGCCAAGGAGUGUGUGCUCCACCUUCUAGUAUGUAUCCUGAAUUGUGUGUACAUGCUGAAAACCUUUGAAAGGGGAAAAACUAUGUGGCGUCAUGAGUCUGUCUCAGCUGCUGGCCACAGUAAAUUAUUAGAUCAUUAGGCCAGUCAAUGAUCCUUAAUCUCUGUUCCUGUUUAGAUUAAGGAACACUGUAUUUUGAAGUUCUGCCUCCUUUGUCUUACUGUACAUGAUGAGUAUUCACAACUUUCUGGCAGCAACAGAAUAAAGAGAGAAAUGUUUUACAUUUGGCAGCAGUGAUCCCAUUUACAUCCUAACUGAGGAAUUGCAUGCCAUCUGAAAUAUUAUUCAAAAUGCACCAAAUGGAAGGUGAAGCUUGUAAAGGACUGUAGUAUGGCAUGCUAGGAAGAAAACUGAAAAAAAUGCGUCCAGAGAAAGAGUGGAUAAGUCAUACUCCUGUCUCUGAUAGUUUUGCUAUGAGAGUAUGAAAAAUGAUACUGGAAAUUUCCCCUUUGUUAAAUAAAACAAAUAGAUCAGCUCUGCAAGGAUGUGUGCAAGUAGUGUAUAGGAAUGUGAUGGGCAUCUGAACACAUGUUUCAGAUGAGUUUAUAUUCACUCAUACUGCUUGCUUAAAUGUAUUGAAAAGAAUCAAGUUAUGUAUUUUAGUUAUUAUAAUUGCCCUUUCCCAUUCCCAUAUCAUUGGCUUGACUAGAUCAUGUUUCAAAUAGUGCACAGGAUGAUAUCUAGUUUCAAUCACUAAGAUUCUGACAACAAAUGGUUUGGCUAAAUGUUAGAAAUUUGACUUAGCAUUGGAAAGCAAUUAUUGAUUUUGAGUGAGGAUUUCAAGGAAAGAACAUUAUGUGGCAAAGAAGUUGGUCCAGUCACAUAGAAUAGAAAUAUGUGAAAUCAGGAAUAAGGGAAGUGAACAGAGAACUGUUCUUUGUCAUGAGCCAAGCUAAAUAAUCACCCCUUGCAAUACAUUUUUGAUUUAACUCCAUGUUAAUUUUUUUUUGGUAUCCAUAGCUAAGAGAAUUCUAAGGUUGCUCUAAACACUAGUGAUUUCAGAUGCCUAGGUUGCUGAAAUAGCUCAACAAGAAAGAUGUUGUGUUUCAAAUGAAGGUCUGAAAGCAAAAGUCAUUGUGGGCAUCUUCAGAAUCUUUCAAUAAAAUAUACUUACUUAUCCUUUUGUUGCAGUUUGUUCCAUUUAGUCCUUUAUUUUCUGUUCUUCCUCUAUAGAACUUCAACCAGCUUUGUAUAUGGAAGCAUGGAAUGAUAAUUUCAAUGAAAGCUUGUUAUGCCGUGCCAUUAUGUUCUGGCUUUGGCUAAAUGUGCUUGACUCUUGGCUUACGUCUAACAUAAACACAAGACCUAUAAUUGCCAUGCAUAUAAGAAAAUUGCUGUAUCUAUUCAGAGUUUCUAAAUGAUAUUCUGUGACCUGCACAAUCAGCUUAGUUCCCUGUUCCAUAUUGUAAUGGAAAGUUUUGGCCAUUGACCUUCAGCAGCUCUGCAUUUUUUUAAUGACCAAAUGUGUCAAGGUGAAAUGUAUUGUAUUAUAUAAAUACCCUAGGAGCUAACAUCAAAGCAAUGUGCAGGCUUAUUUUGUUAUAGUGAAGUGUAAUCAAACACUUUCUUUUCAUUGGUUGUAGAUGUUAGAAUUAUACGGGCUAAUGAAAGAAAUGGUUUGUUUUUAGAUUCCUAGCAUCCUUCAUCUUGUAUGUGGAACUAAGACUGGAAAAAAAAAUUUUUUUCCUUUGCCAGUGUCAAGAGAAAAGAACCCAUUUAUAUAUUUUUGUUCAGAACUGUCAGCUGCCUAGAGAUUUUGUAUAUUUCUGCCCUUAAAUGCCAGUAUCUGGCAUUUAAGUGAUCUAAUGUGUCCCUUGGCCAGUGGUCUGUUUCUAAAAUAACCAAUGAAGAGGUUAAUACUGGCUAAGAAACCUCUUGUCUCUGGAGACAGGCUGGGCUAUUCAAGAGUGUGAGAUAGCUGUCCUGCACUCAGGAUAACCCUUUAUUAUUUUUUCUCUAAUUCAGCGGAAUUCCAGCAGUUGCUUUAGGGAAACAGAAGAGCAGGUUGGGGAUAAGAAGUUCUGCCCAUUAGUAGCUUUCACCACAUACAAGAAAGAGAGAUCUAAGAUUUGUAAAGGAACAUUUUUGUUCUUGUUUCUAUAUUGCUGGCAACUUGCCUCUGUAUUGUUGUAGGCCUUCCUGCAUAGGCCAGCACUGGAAGUCUGUCAAAUGCUGUGGAUGGACUGUAUUCUACCCUUCUAUUCUAAUGGAACAGGAACAUUCUUUAUUUCUUUUAUGAACUGGAAAACCUGCAAGCCCAUGCAGCCUAUUCGUAACAAGCCCCACAGGAAUCUUAUUCCUGGACACCAGAAUGAGGCAGACAACUAUAUCAUCUGCCUUUAUUUUCAGCCAGUUGGUUUACUUACACUUUCUUCCAAAACCCGUGCUACAUGUUAAGCUUUUAUGAAUUUGACAUAUAAGAAAUGAAACCCCACCGAACAGCCUAGAAAUGUUAUUUUCUCUGCAAUAGCCAGAGUCUGCAUAUUCUUGUACCACAAUGAAAAGUUUUAAGUCGUGUAGCAUCUUUCAUUUCUGGGCCAAAGAAGUUAUUGCUGCAGCCAGCAUCCACAUUCCUUAGAUCAGAAAAUUGCUGUUUGGUCAUUCCAUUAGAUCAAAAUGGCAAGUUGUGGGGAGGCUUGAAUAGGGCAUAUUCUCUCUCUCUCUCUCUCUCUCUCUCUCUCUCUCUCUUCAAAAACAUCUGGCCAGAAUAUGGAUGCCAGAAGGCAUUCCCUUCAUAAGUGGAAAAAUGUUCCCUUGUUACCAAAAUCACGUUAACAAUAAAUUGGAAUUUAUAAUUGGCUUUUAAUAGUUCAAUUUCUUAACUUUAGCCAUUAAAAAUGUGCAGAUAAUAUAUCAUAAUAUAUUUAAUCUUCACUAAUGCUUGCACCUUCAGUCACUGUGAGGUAACGUAACAUACGUUUUACACGAGGUCUAUCUGAGCUAAUCUUCCUUAGCAAGGUAACUUUUUAAAAAUUAGUGUAACCAUAUACAGUAGAUGGUUACAUUUGAUAGAAUAAUCCACAGAGCUUUUGUAUGACAGAUCAACAAGCAGUAUCCUGGAUAUUUGUGGUUUUGUUUUUUCAUUCCUGUAUAAACUUUUUUGCCUGUCCUUCUUGGUAGACAUUGGAACGAGACCAAAUAAUAAUGUUGGUUUUUCUGAACUUAGCACAAAGAGUUCAGUUUCAGCAUUGUCCAGAAAAGUUUCCUUUGCUUUUGUUUUGUACCACCUCAGAAAGCCCAGUCUUGUUUCGAUAGCCAACACUCUGCCUGUCCAAGUAAAAUAAACAUAUGAAGCCGCUGGAUAGAAAGGCUCAGAGUCUGCCAACACUUGAAGAAACUGGCACUUAGGGAAUUAUUUUGUAAUUUGGGGUUUAGGAGGCAUUGGCUAGGUAUCUGGCCAAAGUUUGCCCGCUGGACUAAUAAAAUAAAAUAAAAUAACUCUUUCCAUCCAUAACUCUUUAGACGCUGCUUUCCUUUUGACUGGGGCAGCUAAUAAGACUUCUUGAAUGAUGGAGCAAGAUGACCUGAAAUAAUACAGAAAACUGCAGUUUUCAUUAAAUCAGUUAUGAAUGAGAUAAAGGAUAUUUGCAGUUUAGAUUGAUUUUGAAUCUUCUCGUAGAUUGUCCUGCAAACUCUUCUAUCCUGGAACUAUUUUACUAAAGAAAUUGCUGUCUCAAAGCUGCUCUUAUUUCAACUGAAUUUCUUUCAUCUGUGCAGUGUGUGUGUGUGUUGUCUACAAGAUUUCAUAGUAAAGCCUGCACUGAGAUAUAAUUCAGAAUACCUCCUCUCUUUUUAAUUAACUGAACUGGUUUAGAAGAAUUUUUAAGUAUCAUCUUUCUGAAUAAGCCCCCGAAGUAUUAAAUUUCCAUGGGGAAUUAGUAUUUGAGCAAUAGUCCUCAUCCCCUUUAUGUGAGGUUGCUCAAUUCCAGUCCAGCCCCAUUCAUGCUAUGUACAACAGGUUGAAGUUUUCUGGUAGACAUCAGAACUGUUGCUUUCCUUAAGUCCUUGGGGCUAUCUCUGUGCCAUAGUGUCAGGACAUGGUCUGGGUAAAACUUGAAGCCAACAUUCUGUGGGUUUGAAUAAGCAAUUUAAGCAUGUCUGGAAAGAGGAAGGUGAGAUGCUUGUAUACAUUGUUAAGGAGUUGCAUUUAUACGCUGUAGACAGAACUUUCUCUUCUUAUUUGCUUGCUUGGGAAUCAAAUUGAUUUGCACUGUUCUCAAGCCAGAACAGUAAGGCUCAAAGGCAUAGUAGCCUUCAAUAAUGCAAACUUGAUUCCUUGUUUCCCUUGUAUGAUUACAUAUUUCGCAGACAGAAAAUUCUGUUUCAGUGAAUGUACAAAUUACACAAGUCUUCUACUUAUUUGAGCAUGAGAUUGAGAAUAGUGUUGUAUUCGUUGCAUUCUGCUUUCACCAGUUCACUAUGUUGUUAAUAACAUAUGUCCAUACAACCCCAAAAUCUCUGCAUGUUGACCUACAGCAAUUCACAGGUUUAUGUUCAAUGAAAUGGCCAAUUUGAACCCAAAACAUAUUUCUGCUAUAUUACAAUUCACCAUUUUGGUUUGCCUAAGCUAAUAGUUGAGAACCCCUGGAUUUUACUUUCUGAAGGAGUUUAAGUUGUUUAUAAAACAUUAGGCUGGGAGAAAAGUAAUAUUGAAAUUUGUAUUUGUGAUAGAGAGCAUCCAAAAUAUAGUCUGUAUCACUAACCAGAGCACCAAAUUUGUUGGCACUGGUAGAAACGGCAUAUGUAAAUUAUGAUCAGUUUGAGUGUUUGUUCUAUGUAUUUUGUUUGUUUGUUUUUGUUAUUUGCAUGUUGGUAAGUCAAUAAAAUGCCAAACAAGUUUUCUUUAUGUCUGUAACUCCUCAGAAUUAUAAUUAUGCCUGUAGCAAUAUAUUAAUAGAUGGUUUGGAAAGCUUUGAGCUUGAAACUAUUUGAGUUUCUUUGCUAAGUAACAGCAAGUCAAUGAAACUGAACUGCAGGAGUUUCUGAAAGCUUUGUUAUGUUUCAUGGAAAAUAACACAUUUAAUUUUUUUUCUUUCGCUGUGUGAAAUGAUAUAUUCAUAUAUGUCAACACAGAUCCUGUACCAUGCAAAUAAAAAGUCAACAUGUAGUACAUAUAUCCUGUAUUAUAUAAUGCAGUAGAUGCAUGUGGCAGACAUGUGAGUUACUUUCUAAUUUCCAGAGAGCUAGCAGUCAAAAAGAAAUCUAUAUAUACUCUAUAGCUCGGUCAUAAACAUUUUUGUGGCUUGAAGAAAGAACAGUAGUUUUGGCUGAAUAGACAUGUUGCACAAAGGUUCAUCACUUGGAAUGGAAGGAAGCUCUAAACAAAUUACAGAAAGCUUUACUUGUUUUCUUAGCAGUUUCCCUCCCUGUUCAUUACAGUGCCAGGCCCUAAACUAUAGUGCAGUAAUUAUCUAUUGGUGUAUAUAAUAUGUGUUAUUCUGUAUCAUUACCUCUUUUGCAUAAAGAAUAUAUUGUGUGCAAACUGUUAAAAUUGUUCUGUUUUCAACCAGUCACAUAGACAUUGUCACUGUGAAAUAACUUGCCUAAUUCUGUUUUAAUAGGAUUUGGUCAAUACUGGACUCUGCACUUUUUUCUUUUUCAUUGCAUCUGUUGUACUUGCUGCUCUAAACCAUAACAAAGGAGCAGAAAUUGCAGCUGUGGUAAGAAACAAUGUUAAUUUAUUUUCAUUAGUUUAUAGGAAAGAUAACUGGUUAACUUGUAUCCUUUCCACAGUGCUAAACAGCAUUGCAUGUUUUGCUCAACUUUCUUUUUCUGAAGAUUAAUCAUUUCCUGCUAUUUUUUUUUAGUCGGCUUGCAAGCAGUGAGGAGGCUAUUAAUAGGAUGUUAACUUUGACAUGCUAGUCUAGUCAAUAGUUUGCAACAGUGGUGAAACCUGCAACUCCAAGUAGACAGUGCUAUGCCAUAAAUCACCAAUAUUGCCUAGCAGUGUCCUAUGCCCAUCAUCCCCAUAAGCAUAUAUGCAAAUGGGUCUGUCCACUGCUGGCUCCUCCCAAGCCCACUGACAUGCAGUUCUUGGCCUUCCACUCACCAGUUUCAGGGGAAAAUUUUUGCUCUAGAUAAUAAAGGAAAACUCUCCACCCCCAAAUGACAGUGUCUUGUAGCACCUUAAAGAUUAACAAAUCUAUGAUUGGAUAAUUUUUCAUCAGCUGCAUGGGAAAGGCUUUUAUUCUAUCUAGCAUGACAUCAGCUCAUCGACCAUUUUCCAAUGCUUAAAUGACUGUCCUGUUGUUAUAAGUGGAAGCAGUUGGGGUGUAUGGAUUCCUUAACUUAGGUCUCUAGAGAAGUCAUAUUAGUAAUUUUCAGGUGCUGUGCCUUAUUGUCUUAUCAAUGGAUCUCCCUUUAUUAAAGGUACCAGCAGGAUAGACAGUUCCAAAAAGGCAAGCAGUUAAUUACCUAAUCAACAAAAUGAAGAGACUGGCUUGUUUUUAAAGAACUUUGAAGUAGCAUGAAGGAUAAAUGUAAUUAUGUAUGUAUGUAUGUAAUUAUAAUUGAAGGUAUAAGGUCAACACACAUAAAAGCCAACAAUCGGCUGCAAUAUUUCUGUAUAAAACUACUAAAUUCUUAAUCACUUCAAUAAAAUGUCAUUCUUUUUCUUUUUUCUUUUUUGUUUAGAUAUUUGGUUUUCUGGCAACUGCAGUUUAUGCUGUGAAUUUAUUUUUAGCUGUUAAAAAUUGGAGAAUUAACAGCCGACAACAAAACACAAGGCAGACCAGUGAUUAUAUGCGCGCUCGGACAGAAUCCAGAGAAGUGGAUCAUCGCCCAGAGAUUCAGCGUCUGGAUGGGUGA